GCACAAUUCGUCCCACAUAACUUGAAGGCGCUGGUGUUAGUGGGUCGUAAGUUUAGUCAUUUGUUGCACAUUAAUCCGUCCACAGAAUCAGAUAUAUCAUCCAAUUAUUGUUAUGUACCUUUUUCUUAAAGUUUUUGACACUUAUUUCGGCAUUAAUGUGUCUGGAGGUCGGAACUAUUGAAACAUAUGUGUCACAUGACACAAGUUACCAGGUUGAUUCUGCUAUAUUCCCAUCAGAAAUGAAUGUUUUACUGUGUUUCAGUCCUACUGGAGAGCACGUGUUCUAUCAAGUGUCAUUUUUUGACCAGAUUUUCUGGAUAAGGUGUCUCGUACGAGACAAUGCUUACGUAGGCAUUCAUUACUGAUCCUGAUUCUUAAGUCUUGAUAUAUUACUAGCUGUAAGCUUUCAUUCAUUCUAGCCGUUCCUUGCACCUAAAGUGUUCGUCCCAUCUUCUAGGUGAACAGAGAAGUAUUUUCGCUAUCUACUGUCCACAAUUGAGCGCAUUGAUCAUUCUGACUAUCAUGAUUUUACUUGUUCUUCGGGUAAAAUUUAUAGAAAGACUCAAUAUCGGUAUUAUUCAAUUUUGUUGUGUCGCGAAUUGCGAUGUAUCCUUGUUGUUAUUAUUUUUCAGUCAGAUACAAUGUUUUUGAUUAUUGAUGGCAAUGGUCAUACUUAUAGCAUAUGUUGGACUUUUCGUUGUUCAAAAUGUCUUGUAUUUCAGUGGUUAGGAAGCAAGCACACAUACAGAUUCUCACCGGCGAGUGGGUCGUGUUUUCCUGAAGUUGUAAUAAACCUCGGGUAUUAUAUGUUGGAUAUAAGCGGUUCUUUGACAGAUGAAAGUUUUGACACUUGUCCUUGAGACAGAACUGUUAUUUAAUAGUGCCUCUGCACUCAUUUGAAAAACAUACACCAAAUAAACCUAAACUCACAGUUCGUCGUCAAACGUAGAAUUAAGUUUUAAAUAGUUAAGUGUGCUAGGACCUAAAAAAGAAAUCAGUCCACGUAUUCAACGGUUGCUUGACUGAGCCAUUUCAAGAGGUGCAGAUUUCAUAUUUGAAGUUCACAAAGUAAUUGGAGUUCAUGACUGAAACAGUAGGUGACAUUUGUCAAAAUCAAUCUUAGUAUACAUGCUCUUCUUUCCUGUAAGUUUGAAAUUUCCAAUCAAAAGUUUGAGGAUUAUUACGAAAUUUUUGUAGAGUAUUUCAGUGACACGAAAUAUCUAGUUUAUUUAUAAUAAGGCAUCAUGCUAACUCGGCACAUAGAAAAAUUUCGUAACUUCAUCAGUUCUUGAUAGUUGAAACAAUAAUACAAAAUAAAUAAUCACCGCAGCUAAACAAACGUAUCAGGGGUUAGUGUAUGUUAAAGACGGUUACUUGUCCUUGUCCUUGGUAAACAGAUUAUGUUGGUUAUUUGAAUAACUAGGACAAAAGUACACCUGAUCGAUGUGCAUCAGUAGCUUUUAUUCUUUUAAUUACAUCUCUAACGACUCGUCGCUCGCUGUUAAGAUAUCUCUUAUUACGACCGAGUUAUUCUUAUUGCUUAGUACCCCUUCAACACUUCACAUUCCUCGAUUAAUUCCCGAGUCAGGACAUAGUUGAACAGGAACGCAAUUACAUUCCCAAAACCAUGAUUUGGUAGGAGUGAGAAUAAAAAAUCGUACAGUUCCAAAGCAACUAAUAAACUCUGAAAAUAAUCAGUAUGAACUGAUGGUAAAACUCACUAUUUGGUGGAAGGCGAAAAAUGAAUAGAUCUGUGCAGCUACAGACAAAUGAAAACGAUGUUUCUUGAUUACUUCAAUCAUGUUUUGCUAUUACUUCUUGAAUUUUUUAAAAAGUAUGACGUACUACACAACCACCAUAUAAUAAUGCAUUGAUUGGCUUUAUAUUCUGAUCUUUUUGUAUGCAUCUAUGAAGUUACCUUCCAUCACUUUUAAGCAGAACUUAAAAAUACCCUAUUUCUAGUAAUUACAAUUCAUUAGAUAUUUACUUGAAUAGGUAGAUUCUUUAUCUAGCUUCCAUUGCUUUUCUCACUGUUUCUGUUGCAUUUCGCUUUAUAUCAGGUGGUUUUAGAGGGCACUGUUUCGUUGAUCCACUGACACGAUUAUCUUUUAGAACAGCAUGCGCAGAAGGGUUUUGCAUCACUUAUUCUGGAGAAAAAGUAGACUGUUGCCUUUGGGAUUAGUGUGUUUUGGACUCCUAUUGAUUACGUGGAUAAAAAUAGAUAAACUUGACCAUGGUAAGUUGCAUGCAGAUUCAGCCUAUUUACUUGAUCAAAUAUAUAUAGAAAAUAAUCAAAUCUUAGCACGUCGACCAAGUCAUAAGGAACUAAAAUAUCAAGAUAGAUCCCAAAAGAACAAUUCACUUAUUGGGAAUAAUCUAAAAAUACCUCAUUUUCCGAACGCUCGUCCAUAUCCUCCAAUUGACAAAGAUUUAAGUCAUGAGGAUGCGAAACGCCAAUCUGUUGAUGAUGAACACGGUGAAAAUCAUUUGCCUGAUAUUGUGCCGCCUAUUAAUCAGGACAAUAAUGUUCUUGUGCAACCUGACUAUAAGGAAAAGUCUAGAAUUAUGGGCGGUAAUGAACCUGUUGAAAGCAGUCGUUCAGAUAAACUAUCAGCAAUAGCCAAGUUAGGCUUAUCUCCUAGUUCUCCUCCUCAAAAAAGCGACGAAUACUCAACAGGUCCAGGUGAAGGUGGUAAAGCAUAUACAGUAAAUCGUGAAGACUUAUCACCAGCUGAACAGUUAAUAUUCGAUAAGGGUUGGGAAGAUAAUGCCUAUAAUCAAUAUGCUAGCGAUCGAAUUAGUGUGAGACGAUAUUUACCAGACUAUAGAGAAGGAACGUGUAAAGUCGAUAAAUAUAGAAGUAAUCUGCCCUCAGCAUCAAUUAUAAUUUGUUUUCAUAAUGAAGCUUGGUCAGUAUUAUUACGUUCAGUACAUUCAGUGAUAGAUCGAUCUCCACCAAAUUUGUUAAAUGAAAUUAUACUUGUUGACGAUUUCUCUGAUCGUCCCCAUCUCAGAGAAGCACUAGAAGAAUAUAUGCGAAUGUUAAAUAUUGUCAAAAUUGUUCGUACUAAACGACGUGAAGGAUUGAUCAGAGCAAGAAUGAUUGGUGCAGAACACAGUACUGGGAAUGUGCUCGUAUUUCUAGAUUCGCAUAUUGAAUGUACUACAGGCUGGCUUGAACCCCUUUUAGAUCGUAUUGCUUACAAUUCGUCAAUUGUUGUUGUUCCUGUAAUAUCGACUAUAAGUGAUAAAACGUUGAAGUUUAAUUUUCUUAAGGCGUCUCAUGUUCAAGUUGGUGGAUUUGAUUGGAGUUUAACAUUUCGAUGGCAUGAACAAAGUGAACGUGACAAAAAUCGACCUGGUGCACCAUAUUCACCUGUUAGAUCACCUACCAUGGCAGGUGGUUUAUUUGCUAUAAGUCGUGAGUAUUUUAAUCAUCUUGGGAAGUAUGAUUCUGGAAUGGAAAUAUGGGGAGGUGAAAAUCUAGAACUGUCAUUCAAAGUUUGGAUGUGUGGUGGUAGUUUAGAAACUGUCGUGUGCAGUCUUGUUGGACAUAUUUUUCGUAGUCGUUCACCAUACAAAUGGAAUAUUAAUGUAAAGGAUCCUUUGAAAAGAAACCUACUCCGUUUGGCUGAUGUAUGGCUUGAUGAUUAUAAACGAUUUUAUCAUGCACGUAUUGGAUUUAACACUAUUGAUUUUGGGGAUGUUUCAGAACGCAAAGCCUUAAGAGAAAAACUGAAAUGUCAUUCAUUUGAUUGGUAUUUAACCAAUGUUUAUCCUGAAUUGUUUGUUCCUUCGAAAGCUUUGGCUUCUGGUGAUAUUGAAAGUGCUGCUGGUCCGCACUGUUUGGAUUCACCAACUCCUCGUACUGGAGAUAAAAAACAAACUAUUAUCAAAAUAUGGCCAUGUCAUAAACAAGGUGGCAAUCAAUUUUGGUUAUUAUCACCUAACAAUGAAAUUCGACGUGAUGAUUAUUGUUUUGAUUCCGGUACGAAAAACUAUACCAUUGGUUUAUAUCGUUGUCAUGGUGUACAGGGUAAUCAAAAGUUUACUUAUGACGAAGACAAUACUAUUCGUCAUCAAGGACUAUGUUUAGAGAUCAAUAUUGAAAAAUCCAGUGUUCAACUUACUUCAUGUACUGGAUCAAUAAAGCAACAAUGGAAAUUUAAUCGCAAACCUUAUAUGCCGACCGCUGUAGAUUUUAAUAAAUUUUAAUAUUCACUGAACACAUUGGAUUAAUUACCAAACUCUUAUUUCAUGUUCAACUAUUUCAUGUGUAUAUAUAUAUAUCUAUUAACAUGUAUUUGUACUAGCAAGAAAAAGCAACAAUGUCUUUCCUUAGAUGUACAAUCUGUUUCGACAAAUGUUUUGUGAAUAGAAUGGAAAGUAUUAUGCUAUCUAUUUAUUAUUUUUUGUUGUUGUUGUUGUGUAUUCAAGAUCCAAUGUGUAAAUUGGUUAAGCCUAGUGAUAACAUAUCAUGCUCAGUUUUACAAUUUUGUUUAUCUGUGAUAACAGUUACGUAAUAUUUAUAUAAAUUUGUGAAAAACUGCAAUCAAUAAAAUAAACAAACAAACAGACAAGAUAGAUAACCAGUAUGAGUCCAAUUUUUUUUAAAAAAUAUUCACUAAUGUGCCUUUCUCAUGGUGUUUGGUUAUUUCUCAUGUAUGUAAUUAAAUGUAUGAAUAAACGAUGCUCAAUAUUUUGUUUAUUUAUUAUCUACCCCUCAACUUUAUGGUUGUUAUUCUAUAGAAUGAUGGUUUGUUUUCAAAGUGUAUUUUAGUCUAUUUUUCAUUACAAAACUGUUUUGUUUUGCUUCACAACACAUUUCCCAUCUUAUGAAUUAUGAGGCUGUUGCAUAAUCAUCUUUCUCGUUCGUUUCAGAUAUAUAUGGAGAAAUGAUUGUAUUACUCUUAUUGUUGUUUUAUGUAUCAAAUUAAUUAAUUUCAUUUUAUUCUUUAUCCAUUAAAACAAACUGUAUGUAAGUGCCUAUUGAGAAUUGAGACGUGAAUUUCUCUUGAUGAUAAUCAUUAUUAUUUUGAGUUAUUUUAUAAACUUCUUUAGAGUAACAAAUAUCGUGAUGAAACAAUGUGACCAUGAUCUUAAGUUUUCUUUUUUACAUAUUUCGUUUUCUGUCGAAUUAAAUAUUUUAUAACUG